AUGUCAAAUAAUAACGACUUGUUUGCUCCAUUUCGGUUCCUUACAGAUAGCCAAGAAUCUGUGGCUAACGCAACCAGCAUGACAUGCAGUCUUUCUUCUUCCGAGCAUCGUCAUUACGCGAAUAUUCUGCUAGCUCAUCAAAAGAACAAUCAAGGAUUUGCAAAUUCCCAAUAUGCUUUUACAAAUAAUUCUGUGGCAAAUCCAGUUCAUGAUCAUUUUAGUUCACAGCGGGGUAUCCCUCCGACUGUCCACCAAUUUAGAACUACAGGGGAUGACUAUCAUAAAGAGGAAUUUUCAUUUCUUCAUAUUAUAGACGGAUCUGAUGACGAAUCAAUGAUGGAUUACAGGUAUUCUUGUAUGCCUACGCCCUACAUGGAUUAUCAAACUACCAUUGAAGCGCGGCUUGCGGAAGCUACUAGGCUUGAAAAUGAGGUUAUUGGGAGACCACUUAGUUAUUCAAUGAAUAGAUAUUCAAUUAGAAUGGAUGAGAAGCCUAGGUCAAAAAAAAUGUUGCCAAUAAUGCCACAAAUUCCAGCGGUGCCAAUGGUAUCUUAUAAAUCCGACCCUGUAAACACCUGUCCUGAGUCAGAGUUUAUUAAGAGGUUCCGAGACAUAUCUUUAGCUAGCGACAAACAGUCUUUCCAAACAGAUUUCAACAAACAACCGGAUGUAACACAUAAAGAAUACCAACUAGAUAAGAAUGCCACAGUGUCGAGCUUGAAUUUGACUCCAAAGAAUCCAAUUGUUGCUCAAAAUUCCAUCCUGGAUGCCACAGAAAAUAGUAAUGACCAUACUGCUGACAGAGAAGCUCGAGCCUUAGGAACCAGGCAACAGCAGGGACAGCCGCUACAAGAUACUACUUCUGUGAUAAAUAUAUCUAUGGAAAAGGUAGAGCCAGAAAAACCUUCCUUAGAAAACUUCAAAAAUACUGACAAUUGUGACCGUUCCAUUCUAACUAAAGUGAGAAUCAGCGGACAAGGAACACAGCCAAGCGAUUUUCAAAAUAAUUAUAUGGGUGACUCAAAUAAAAGCAGAGAGCAUCCUAAUGAGGAACAUUCUUUUAGCAGUGCAGAAAUAAAAUCUUUGGAAAGAUCUAGCAUGGAUUCUAGAGAAAUUGGAGAAUUCUUAGUUCCGAAUAGUUCAAUACUAGGGGUUAGCGAGAAGAACGAUGAGGUCGCACAAAAUUCUGUGGGGUUUCAACAGCCUGAGAUUAGAACUAGUGUUUUAAGCCAUGUAGGAUCCAAUGCAUCACACCCCGUAGCUUCUCUAAAAACCUCAUUUGCUAACUCAAAUUCAGACGGAGAGUCAAUUAAUAAGUUGGGUGAUACGAAAGGACAGGUUGAAGUAUUGAAUAUUCCAAAUCUGGAAGUUAUGAAUAAUAAUGAAGAAGCAUUAAGACCCAGGAAGAUGCGUAAAACGUGGCGCGGUGUACGUGCUAAGAUGGUUUCCUCACGGACUUCAAGUUUACUAAGCUUCAACGAUACUCGCAAUUUUGGUAGCCACACGAAGAACAAAUACUUAGAAACUAACAGCACCAAAAAACCGUGGAUCAGGAAAGUACAUGAAACACAUCAGCGAAUAUUAAGAACAGCGACAAGAGUUAUGUUUAGUAAAAUUGACGAAUUCCAAGGGAUGAGUUUUGAUCGUUUAUCAGAGGCGGCCAAGAGUUUUGAUUUCAAGGGAGCGGAACAGCAAUCGCUCUCAAUAAGCCAAGACACCAGUAACUCUAAUAGUGAAUGCAGUAACAGUAAUACACAACAGAGCAUACAAAAUACUGAAUACGUUCGACCAGCCUAUGUAUAUAAAGACGCGUCUCAAAUGAACGUUUGUUCGCGUCCAUUAGUCAUACCUACCCCAGCGCCAGUCGUGAACGAACGUCUGAAAUAUCAACUACCAAACAACUUUCAGCACUCCUCUAUGUCUGAUAACUCAACAAAACUUUCACUGAAGUACCUGACAUGCGUAUAUCCAAAUCUGACUCAGUAUCGAACUACAUUAAGCGAUUCACCCAAUUUUAAACCGCAGAAGAUGUAUUCUAAUUCUUCAAUGCCAUCUGUAUGGAAAAUGAAAAACAAGCAAACCGGUACAAAAUUCAAUAUAAAUAACCAUAAUACCAGUAUUAACCUAGUACAAAACAUUCCCCUGCAGUUUAUGGGCUUGAAGCAAGAGAAAUCUUUGCCUGACAACACUCAUGGAAUGUACGGGUACUUGUAA